AUGGCCAGGCGCACAAAGAUAAAAAAUCCACGCGAAGCUCGCUCCCAACGACUCAGACGCUCGCAGAAUGCCGCCCUGAACGCAAGCGCAUGGUCUCGACUACGCAGGAGAGAAAUAAUUGCUUCAGAAGAACCAGACAAGAUUGAAAACUCAGAAACAAUGCAGAUUCCUUACGAUCCAAACAACGAGUCUCAGCGGCAGCAUGAAGAUUCCGAGUCCGAAGAUGAGGAAGAAGACACUACUUCGAGAUGGAAGUUCAAAUUAGCAUCAAUUCGACGCAGGGAGAUCCGUAAAGAGCUAGAAAAGAUCUUAUUGCUCGACAAUCCUUUCAAGGCAGGCCGCAAGUAUACAGUAUCAUAUUUCAGGAAGCAAUGGAACCACCAGCGAACGUUUCGAGCAGAUCACACAGAUGAAGAGCAGGAGCGAAGGGAAAAGCUGGUCAAGAUUUAUGAACAUCGAGCAAAUCUUGAACUCCUAAGAGAGCGCCUGACGGAUCCGGACCUUGAUCUUUUAUCGGAUGCGGAGGUCAAGAAGAUUUCUGAUAAGAUCGAAAAGGUGUCCAAGAAACUCAACAAAGAUGCUGCGGAAGCUGAGGCAUUGGGUAUUGAUUUGCCUUCCGGGGAGGAAAAUAGUAUCACUCUGCUCGGAAACCAACCGGAAAAUGUAGAUGUGGAUCGUUUUGACAGCUUAGUUCUUCACGGCUUGGAUCGAAGAGAUCGACUCCGAGUAAUUUGUAAAGAGCUACGUUGUCGACAGACUCUUCACGCAGCCUUGGUUGAAGAGUGGCAUUCACAUGUCCCAUGGCUUGCAAAUCAUUGUCAGCCAAGUGAAUACCGCACAUCAAUGCUCCGCAAUUGGGACAACAUGCGGACUAAAAUGGGCUUACCAGAAUAUGCAAGCUCAUCAAACCUGCCUGAAGUAGAUGUUGAGUUGGAGGAGGCAAUACUCGAAGUGGGAGCGGACGAUGGGGAGGAUGCUGAAGAAGAUAUGUUUCUUAAUACCGACGCGGAGGAUGACGGCACUGAUGAUGAUUAG